AGUUUGUUGUGUACGCAUGAAUUUCCUUGUGUUUUAAUGAAUUAAUUUGCAUUUCUAGCCUAUUUGUUGAUAAUGCGAAAAGAACUUAACUAGUCACAUGUAUAGUUUCGUUGUGUAGACAAGUGAUUCACGUUUUUAUUUUAAGAAUCUGUGUCCAUGUUUUGGGAUCAUGUAUACCGUAACAGGCACAUCAUGCAAGAGUUCGAAGACAUAGAGGUACACAAAACCAGUGUAUCAGUGUUUGUGGCCCUAUUUUAUUUAGAAAUGCUUUACAUUUUAAUCAUGACGCUGUCUAUUCUAAAUAGAUUGAAUCAAAACUUACCGUCGUAAACGUACCUAUAUUUACAUUAGCCUUUAAGUUUCAAUAAACCAAGAUGAUCCGCAAACCAAAUAUCCAGGGCAGAUUUUAUCUCUCUCUAAAUGAAGAAGACACCAUCCACCUUGACAAUUGCAGAGUACCACAGCACCAUAUUGAAGGGAUUCGCUUCCUCUACAAACAGUUUAAAAGGAAAAGAAAUGGAGUGAUUAUAAAUGAUCCAUUGGGUUUUGGAAGAAAUAUCCAAAUAACUUUGUUCCUGAAGGCUGUGCAACCGUUGCUCAGCAGACCGGUACUGAUCUUGUGCGAGGAGGGCAGUGAAAAUGACUGGUACGAACGGUUUUUUACGUGGACAGAUUUAUCUAAUGAUGUUGUUAUAGAGGCGAAGAAUCCGAUGUUGAAGAAGGCGGUGAUCAUCAACACCAUGGUGAACCUGCACCUGUUCUGCGCUCGCGACUGGAGCAUCAUCAUCGUGGACGGUGACAAGGUCACCUCCACCAACCCCUUACUCAAGUUACCGUUAAGAUCCAGCUUCAAGAUAUGGAACACCCAAGUUAAUCUCAAGGAAAAUCUGGACAGAUUUGAAGAAGUAUACAAAUGGAUGUAUCCGCAGGAAACAUUUGACAAAAAUUACUUCACUGCUAACUCCGACAGUGCUGUGGAUGUGAUAGAGAAGUCUAUUCUUCUGGAUUCCUUUCUAGAAGAUAUUCUUCUUCGACGGGAAGAUCUGAAUUCUUCUUAUGAGAAAUACCAAAGAGAGGUUGUAAUGCCACCACCAAAGAGUACGUCACUAAUGCCCUCGAUACUGCCUACCUUCAACACUCCCAACACAACCAUCACGCCGGUGCUAGGCCCGGCGCCGCCGCCCCCGCCCCCCGCUCCGACGCCUACCGUUACUAUAACCAAGAAGAACAAAGACGCUACCGGGACUAAAAUAAAACGAUCGAAAACAAGAAUCGACGCAGAGACCGCUAACAAACCGUACGAACCUGUACUACCAAUAACUACCAGUAUCACCAAAGUUAUCGGUGAAACAUCGAAAACUUAUGACGCGUUCGACCGCAAUGAAGACUUCAGUAUUGAAAAUUAUAAAAGAAAAAAUAAGGACAGUGCAGACGUAAACAAAGACAAACCAAUUCAAAUAAUAGAGAUUGACAAUCGUUGCGACAUGAAAUCCGGUUACGAACCGGGUGCCGAGUCGAAAUCAACGGAUAAGUUGGAAGAAAUGGAUACGCUUGUAUUUGGACACGACACUUUCAUUAGCAAGGUGUCGGAUCACUACAAGCCCGGGCACACGUCUUCUGAUAAAAAGGAGACGGAACCGCACACCAUACUCACGUGCAAACCAAUAGGAGAGCAAGGUACUCACAAAGUAUAUCCAGACAACAAGAAAUGUAGCAGUACAGUCACUUCAAGCUCUAGAAAACUUUACGAAGCAUCCCACAGUGACCCCGAGAGAGAUAAAAAGAAUGAUAGGACAAGUUUGUCGACACGAGAUGUAGACAAUGCUAGAGUGAACCUCGAGGAGCUGAAUAAAGAAAUGAGGGAUCUCGGCACUAGAGAUAAUUCCGACAAAAUUGCUAAAAGACAAAAAACAGAUAAUGCGCCCAAAACUGUACUAACAUUUGAACAAUAUAAAGCGAAAUCAAGUUUAUCAAUCAAACAAGCCAGUGGUUCUGGCACUAAGGGCACAGAACAAGUCACAAAUAGUCUUAAACGUAAUAAUAUAGAUGAUAAGUUGAAAGAAUGUGAAGAGAAGGUCUCUAAGAAAUUCAAGGGAUCUUUUUUAGAUAGUCUGUUUUGAAUGUGUGUGAAGCUAAGCUAAGUUUGUGUUAGGUCGUAACAAUAAAUGUUUUUAAGAGCCUGUA